CAACCAUCCACAGUGGUGCAAUUGUUUUUAGUAUAAAUGUUAAAUAAGACAUGACUGCCUAAACUGCUUAAUUGGCUUUGGCUUUUUAGGUUGAUGUUUGACAAUUGAUUAAUUAAUAUGGGUCUUUUUUGUUUAAUAUCCUAACAAUGUGAGAGAUUGCGAUCGGUAUAUAAUGGAUUCAAAAUCCCAUAGAAGAAGUUCGAAAUUUUUGUUUUAAUGUUUUAGAUUGCUAUUAUAUCGAUAUUCUUAUAGUUUAGUAUUUAAUUUAUUGAAUAAAAAUGAGUGUCUCAAUAUUGAGUGGAAUAUCUUACUUCCGGAUAUCUUUUUUAACAUUUCAAGCAGUGAUUCAGGUUGUGUUGGUUUGUUUUUCGGGUUAUGUUGCUGCUAAAUACGAUUUACUUGAUUCUAAAACAAUGACAAAAAUAUCUAAAUUGAAUGUUUUUAUUUUCACACCUGCAUUGAUUUUUAUCAAGUUGGCAUCCGAUUUAUCAUUAAAAAAAAUCAUUGAGUUGAUUAUUGUUCCAAUUUUUUUUGUAGCAUUUUUACUUGUGUCGUUGAUUUCAUCAAAGAUAGUGUCGAGGUUUCUUAACUUUAAUGAGCCAGAAACAAAUUACAUUACUGCAUUAACUGUUUUUGGGAAUUCGUUCUCAUUGCCAGUGUCAAUUAUAAUGUCGUUGGCGUAUACUUUGCCAAAUUUAAAAUGGGACAGAAUAACAAAUGAUAACUCUGAUCAAAUUGCUUCAAGGGGAAUACUUUAUCUCUUGAUUUUUCACCAAUUAGGUCAAUGUUUAAGAUGGUCAUGGGGUUAUAACACAUUAAUGAAAAAGAGAUCAUUUAAUGAAUUGUAUCAUAUUAAUGAUAGUAAUUCCUCGUCAAACGAGGAAUUCAUUCAUCAGCACCUGGUAAAUCAAUUCGAUAGUGAGUCCAUUAAAUCGAACAAUUCGAGGAAUACUAAUAAUCAUAGUCAUCGGGCAUUAACUGAAUCUGACCCGUUAUUAAUAACUCAUACUAGCCACAACAGUGCUGAUAAUUAUGGUAUUAACAACAACAACAAUAACAAUACUUGGAUUACAAAAUUGAAAACAGUUGCUAUCAGUGUAAUCAAUUACUUGAAUCCGCCAUUGGUGGCAAUGAUCUUUGCACUUGUUGUCUCAUUAACUUCAUUUUUGAAAUAUCAGUUCUAUGAGAAAAAUGGGUUCUUCCAAAACACAGUCUCCUCGGCGAUUGCACAGCUAGGAUCAGUCUCAAUUCCAUUGGUCUUGCUAGUGUUGGGAGGAACAUUGUAUCCAUCAAACGAGAUACCACCAGCAACGCCAUACUACAGGAGAAUCAUCAUUGGGGCAAUUAUCAGUCGAAUGGUCUUGCCUGCGUUUAUCCUCUUGCCCUCGAUAUCAAUCCUCAUCAAAUACUUUACGUUUUUGUCGCCCAAUUUGUCGGAUCCAAUUUUCUUGAUUGUGGCCUUUAUGCUCACUGUUGCUCCUCCAGCGUUGCAAAUCUCGCAAAUAUGCCAGAUUAAUGAGAUCUACCAGAAGGAAAUGGCAGGAGUGUUGUUCUGGGCCUACGUGGUAUUCACCUUGCCAGUUGUUGUGUUGAUAGUUCUUGUUUCGCUCAGGGUCUUGUCGUGGGCCAACAAUUGAUGGUUUAAUUGAUGUUUCAAUUAAUGUUUCAGCCUUUGUUCCACUUUUCGGCGGUUUCGUAGCUUAUAUACUAAAUCAACAAUAUUACCCUCCUGGAUGAAGAUAUCCUUUUUUUACCGUUUAUUGCCGAGAUAAGCAGCUGAAGCAGAACCAAAACAAGCUCCACAAAAAACGACAGCAAGA